UCUUUCUCUCUCUCUCUCUCUCUCUCUAUCACUUCUGUGCGCACCCUUAAGCCCGCCGCUUCAUCUGUUCCACAAAAACCCUUCGCAAACCCCACCCUUCCUCCUCAGCCGCCACGGCGGCCUAAACCCUAAUCCUUCACAUUUUCAUCUCUACCUGUACCACCGCAACCACCAGAAAUGGCGGCGGCAUCAGCAUCGCUAUCCUCCGAGAUCGCAAACGAGGGACCAGUCCUCAAUCUAAUCAACAAACGCCUCCGCGCCCUGCGCAAGAAGCUCAACCGCAUAAGCCAAAUGGAAGAGUCGCUUUCUCAGGGGAAAAUUCUCAACAAAGAACAGGAGGAAACCUACCGCUCCAAAUCCGCCGUUCUCGCCGGAAUCGACGAGCUGGAAAAAAUCCGCCAGCCGAUCUUACAAGCCGUGGAUCAGGAAAUUGAAGCCGCUUUAGAGAAAAAGAAGCAGGAUCCAGAAAUCCUCACCGCAGAAACGCCCAACGAGGAAGAGUAUGUGGAGACUGUAGAGAAGGCUGGAAACGACGACGUUUCGUCUGUUUCCGAUCUGCUCAAUUUGCUGUAUUUCGGCGCUGUUUUUGAUGUGAAGACUCUAAUGAGCGCGCACGAUAACAUGCUGACGAGGACGCAUGAGAGGAAUUGCUGCCUGACGUACGAUUACGUUACGGACGAUGAUGCUGCAGGAGCUCCUCUGAAAGAGUGGGACUUGGAUUUGAUUGCCAUUCUCGGUGGCUCGUUGAUUUCUCGGCCGGUUCAUUCGAGCUUGUCGCAUAAGGACUCGUUGCAGAAAUGCGUGGAGCAUGCGAAGCUGUGGCUUGCGAAUUCGGAGCAGCCUAUCGAGCCCAAUUCGGAUAUCACAUAUGCCGGCUUGAGGGAAAAGUUGAAUAAAAUUAUGGCAUCGGACUACUUUACAACUACUCCAGAAAUAAAGGCUCCAGUUGAAGUGGCAGCUGCUGGCGGCAAUUAUACCUCUUUUCAGGUGCCUGUGCAUUCAGUCGGCGUGGAAGACUCGUCUGUGGAGUAUCGCCAAGAGGAAGAACAAUCACCCAAUUCCCACAACAAUGAAAUUUACGGUGACGAAAUCAGCCAUGUCGAAAAACUCCAUCAGGGAGUGAAAAAUGGAUCAGAAGUUCAGGCACAAACAGAGCAAGGUAUACCCGAUUCAGAAGUUGACCAAAACUCGAAGGAGCAGCAAACCGCUCGAAAGCCUCACCAGAACUACGGUGGGCCACGCGGUGGUGGCUCCCGCAGAGGUUACAGUAACGGCCGUGGGGGACGAGGCGGCAGAGGGGGCUAUCAAAAUGGCCGUGGUGGUCAAUUUUACGAUCAGGAGGGGGGUUAUUACCCCCGUAACAAUUAUUACAGAGGCAGAGGUGGCAGGGGUGGAAACUACAACCACCGUGCUGCUUCUUCUGCUGAAGAACAUGAUGGCGUGUAUUAGGGUGGCGAUUUGGUAAUUUUUAAGUUAUUUUCUUUUUUGGUUCUUGUUGAUCUGAUUCGAGGACAGUGUAAUGGUGGUCUCACGUAAAACCUUUUGCACCCGCACCCGUUUUUGGAUGAAUGUGAAAGUACAAUGAGGAUGAAAAAAUGAAAUCUUUGUUUGGACUGCUUCUU